AUGCCUGCCACUCAACUCACCAAACACCUUGCCGCCGCUCUCAAAGAGCCAUCCCCCAAUCUGAAAACUGCUCUGCGGCUGUGUGACGCCUGGACCUCGUACUCUUAUGACACCAUGAAGGCCAUCAUAGAUGAGUGCGUCGUGGACGACUAUGUCUGGAACGCACUUCCAGAGUCCAUCAUCUUGCCGGGAUGGAAUCAGAUGAAAAAGUCAGAAUUCAUCGAGGCAUUCGGUACCGCUUGGUGGCCAGCGAUGAAAGGAAUGCAGAUGAUCGUCUUAAACAUGGUGGAAAACGAAAAUAACGUAAUCCUCUACACAAAGCUGGGGCCUUCUGCCGUCUCAGCGGAAGGAAACCCGAUCGCUACUUCAUACGUACACAGGUUCCGCUCCAACGCCAGCGGGAAAGUCGUGGAGCAAAGGGACUUCCUAGAUACCAAGUUCAUACAUGAUUUUUGGUGGUCAGAGCCUCAGCGAAGCAUAGUAGCGGGAGGAAGCCCUAUAGCAGCUGGAGGAAAUCGCUAA